GCAAUUCUACCUACGGUACAACAACCCAACAACCACCACCAUUCCAAAACCAGGAAAAGUUGUUGCCUGUGAAGGAUGCCUUCAGCCGCGAAUGGAAAGUCUGAAAAACCAGCUUCUUCGGAAGCUACGGAUAAUUCGCCAGUACGACAGAUUCUGACGAUUAUUGAACAUAAAAUCCGUAAUUUGGAGAAGCGAAAGAGUAAAUUGACGUCAUACAGAGACUUGCAAAAAGCAGGAAAAGAACUGAAUGCUGACCAGAGAGUUGCUGUUGCCAAGUACGAUGAAGUGUCUCAAACACUGGAGUUUGCACGGGACCUCGCCAAGCAAAUGGCUUCUAUUGCAGUAUCUGCAGAGAGGGAGGCCAAGAAACAAGCUAAGAGGGAUGCAUGGGUCCGGUAUGCUUCUGACACCAGCAAAAUCCGUGAGGUACUUCUAAUCAUGGACUGCCUGGUGCAGAUGGGUACUCCAGAGGUCCGUGAAGACUUCCUCAACGGAACAAAUGGUGCAGCUAAACUCACUGAGCAAGAUCUGAAAAUUUUGGAUGAGCUGUAUCCUGAAGUGACGCCUAAGCAUGAAGAGGGUGAGGCAGUGGAAGGCCAGCUCGGGUUCCAGGCGCAGGCGAGCAAGGCGGCCGAGCACCUGUACUCCAUCAUCGACGGCAAGCCCAAGGAGGUGCUCGGCACCACGUACGCACACAUCAAGCAGAUAGUGACCACCGUGCACGAGUGCGGGUACUUCGACAAGUCGGCGGCGCCCGAGCCCGAGCCGCAGCCGGAGCCCGAGCCGCCCAGCGAGGAGCCCGCGCCCGCCCCGCUGCCGCCCGCGCCGCAGCCAUACGCGCCCGCCGCCGCGCCGCCCGCCGCCGCCGUGCCGCCCCCCGCCUACCCGCUGCGCCCGCUGCCGCCCAUCACGCUGCAGGAGGUGGAGCACGCCUACUUCGCGCAGCAGUACCCGCCGCGCCCGCUGGCCGAGGUCAUCGGCUCGCAGAACUUCUUCUUCCUGCAGGAGUCUGAGCUGGACAGCCCCGCGGGCACGCCGCAGCCGGCGCCCGCGCUCGCCUCGCCCGGGCCCAUCCCCACGCAGACCUUCACCAACCAGCACUUCGUGGCCAUCGCCGCCCCCGCGCCGCCCGACGCCGCCGCGUUGCCGCUGCCGCAGCCGCACUUCGCGCCGCUCCCCGAGCACGCCGCCUACGCCGUGGCGCCCAUGCCCGCGCCGCUGCCGCCGCCUGCCGCCCCCGCGCCCGCGCCCGCCCCCGCGCCGCCAGCGGUUGGCAACAACAACCACCACGACGAGGAAUGGAAGGAGAACGAGAGCCCGGAGCGCGAGGACGGUGCCGAGCGCAGGACCCAGGGCCAGGGCGACGGACAGAGCCGCUACGGACAGAACCGGCGGUACGGCGGCGGCGGCGGGCGCGGCCGGGGAGCCCCCAACGGCUACCGCGGGCGCGGCGGCUACCAGGCCCGUCAGGGCGAGGGCUACCACCGCGAGCACCAGGGCGGCCGCGGCGGCAAGGACUACCAGCCGCGCCAGUACUCUGACAACUACCAGCCGCGCCACAAGGACGGCUACUCCAGCCGCGGGGACAACUACUACGGCAACGGCGACAGCGGCGCCAGCGAGACCAACGGCCGCGAGCGAUACGGAGACUCGUACCGCGAGGGCGGGUUCAAGAGCCGCGGCCGAGGCGGCCCCCGCGCGCCCCGCGCCGCCCCCCGCCCGCACUACCGCUCCGCCAAGCCGGAGCAGGCCGACUAGCGCCCGGUCCUGGCGCCCCUAUACCCCCCUGACAUACAUUAACAUGUUUCGGACCUGCCUCACAACUGUUAAGUGCGACUGCUUGACUUUUAAGAAUCGGUAUCUAGUGAAUUCAUUCAGCUACCCUGUUUGAGCCGAUCGGAAUCUCUCGAUAAACGCUCUGUGUGCUUAACUGGACAUUAAAUGUAAUUAUAAGAUGGGCACUACUAGUCUUGCUGAAAAAGAAAUAGUGAUAUCGCUCGUGAAUCAAAACAGUUGUGCUUCACUGUUAUGUCGUGAGUCCGAGACACCAAAUCAUUCGUGGAAGGCAAAUUUCACCGGCAACAACGCGCUGUGGUUACAAAACCGAGAGAUUAUGGUAUAAAAAAAAUAAAACAAAAAAUAAUAAAAAAAAAGUAAAAUUAUGAAACUUGAAACUGAAUAAAAAAUAAGUUACGUGGAUUUAGAUGUAUGAUAUAUGCAAUUUAUAAGUUAACUCUAGAUUGUUCUCGCUCGUGUCGGUUCGGCGGACGCCACGCCUCGUCUCGUCUCGUCUGCUCGAACCUUUUCUCAUAUCUAAACUUCGUUUAAGUAUUUCGAUUCCUUUUCGUUAAUACAUAUUUAUUUGUCUUAAGUGAUUUUAAAUAACGCAUUUUAUUUGAAAUGUUUACCGAUGUCGUUUUUAAAUAUUUUACAUUUGUAAUUAACCAUCGAGCCUGGUAAAUAUAGUAUUAAAAAUUGUUAUCGUAUUACGGCGUUAAGUAUUGCAUGUCGUUAUACAGAUAUAUUCAUAACUCUUCCGGGCUUUAAACAUCACACAUUACCCAUAUAUUGUUCUCAAUAGAGGCUGUGUGCAAGCAAAUUAAAAGUAUUCUAUGAUUACAA